UAUAAAGUGAUCUGUGGUGGAACUUGGUCUUGGAAAUUGGAAAAUCUUCAUUCAAAUGUUUAUGUUGGGAAAUCUAUCAAUCACAUUUGUAAAUGUUAUUAUAGUAUAAUUGUAUCAACUAUCAAUAAUAAUGGCUUUUUACCAAUUACUUCGACUUGUUACUAUAAUCUAUUUAAUCAAUAAUGUUUUAUCUGAAAAUAAAUAUAGUCGUACUGCCAAUGAACAGGAGAAAAGCGAAAUCGAUUUCAGGACUCUGGAAAAACCUUUCAGGAUGAAUAAAUUAAACUUGGUGUGGGUGAAGGCUCAACAGAGAUUAACAGAGCCAAAAUUAAAGUCACUGUACAGUGACUUGAUGAUUCAAGACAAAGCAGAGAUAAUAUACAAAAGGGUGAAGAGCGAGGGGGGUGACAAGGAGGGCCUGCGGGAGGCAGACCUGCGGCGCAAGCUCUCCACCAUCAUGACCAACUACGGGCUGAGGGAACACUUUGAGGAUACAUCUAAAGGCAAACAAAAGCAAGAUCAAGCUUUCAACGAAGCAAUGGACAGCUACAUUAACAAGAGUCUGUUCAAAGACAAGAAGCUGAACAUGCUGUGGGCCAAGGCGGAGGCGUCCGGCUUCACCAGCGAGGAGUUGGCCGCCCUGAGGGAGGAGUUCAUGCAUCAUCAGGACAAGAUCGACCAGUACUACGACUUGCUGGUCAACAUGGAGGCAGGGGAGAAGGAUGGAUAUAAAAACACUGUCAAUGAGGAGGAGUUGGUGAAGUUCAACGAGAUACACCAGGACGAGACGGACGUGGACAAGGACUUCCUGAGCAGCGCCAACCUGGUGCGGGAGAAGCACAGGGACUUGCGCGACGGGUACGACCGGCUGCAGAGGAUCUCUGCCAGAGGCCCCGCUAACAAGGAGUUCAUCGAGCCCAAAGUGCAGGGGCUGUGGAAGAUGGCGGCGGCGUCCAACUUCACUGUUGACGAACUUGAGUCUUUGAAGGUGGAGCUGAAGCACUACGAGUCUCGUCUGCUGAAGCUGCGCAUGCUGCACGCCGACCACGUAAGCAUGCAUGAGAAGCAUCGCGGCAAGUUGUCGGCGGCGGGCGACAAGAUGGACUACUUCGCGGACCAGCAGCAGAUGAUCAAGAAGCACACGCGCAAGGUGGAGAAGCUGCACGCCGACCUGGAGGGACGCAUCAUGGCGCGACACACGGAGCUGUAGAUCACUAGAUUAUACCUAAAUCGUAUAAAUAUUUCAUGGAGAAUAAAGUUUUGCUAGCCACUUACCAUCUAAUAAGUUCACGCGUCUGCAGCCCUAACGCACAUGGCAACCAACACACGAUCAGUUAACGGAUGUCUUUCCAGUUGCGCUGCCAUAACAUGAGCUUAUUGGAUGGUGAGUGGCCAGAAUUACGCUCUAGAUAUUAAAUAAUGUAUUUUGGUGUGAAUAUUAUUUUGUAUUUAGGGCUCUGUUAUCAAAAUUCACAAGCCAUUGUCUUGCGCGUUUUAUUUGUGACAUACACGUUGUUCAUAGAAUCUGUUACACGAUGUUAAUACUGCGAAAAGUAAAUACACCAUAGUUAAGUUUAUACGUAUACUAUAAAAAAUGACCGACCAAGUGAAAGUCGAACUCGCGCACGAAGGAUUCCGUACAAUAAUUUAUUCAAAUAUUUAUUUGUCCUGUUUUUUAGAAAUUUCAAUUGUCUAUCACGAUUCAUGUGAUACAGUCUGGCGACAGAUGGACGGUUGGGUUCGACGGCCUCCGUGGCGCAGUGGUACAAAACGGAGGUCCUGGGUUCGAUCGUCGGCUGGGCCGAUUGAGAUUUUCUUAAUUGGUCCAGGUCUGGCGGGAGGCUUCGGCCGUGGCUAGUUACCACCCUACCGACAAAGACAUACCGCCAAGCGAUUUAACGUUCCGGUACGAUGUCGUGUAGAAACCGAAAAGGGCUGUGGAUUUUCAUCCAUAACAAGUUAGCCCGCUUUCAUCUUAGAAUCAUCACUUACCCUCAGGUGAGAUUGUAGUUAAGGGCUAACUUGUAAAGAAAAAAAAGUCUUAGUAAAUAGAGGCCCGCUUUACCCUUUGUGUACGAAAUCCGAAAACGUGCAAGACAAUGUGAAUGUGUGUGUGCCAAAGUCUAGCCCAAAUCAGUUUCAGUAAACAUUCACGCAAUAUGGAGUGUGCAUGUAUUUUUCAACCGACUUCACAAAUGAAAGAGGUUCUCAAUUCUAAGCAUAAUAUGUUACCUCAUAACUUCGUCAUUUAUUAACCGUAAUUAAAGGGGGCUAGACGGCAGAUUGGUCUCGUACCAUUUUCAUGAAAGUCAGUUUAGUAAUUUUGUGUUAAAAUCAAAAUAACUGAAAUAUGUCUUUGAAGUCGGUUAAAAAAGAUUAAUGUAAAACCUCUAUUAUUCUCUGCAAAUAUCUAUUAUUUUUAAAAACUAGUGCGAACUUAGGAUAUGACGUCAAAAAUAAAUGUCUGUAAUUCUUAAUUUGAAUAACAUAUUCACUUUUAUGUGAAUUAUUCAAUUUUAUAUAAUCAUUAGAUGUACCAGCAGAUAGAAUGUAUCCAAAUAUUUUAAGAACCAGUAAACGCUAUUCCAGUAAGUAUAGGUAAAUAUCUCACUUCUUUAUAAUGAUAAUGUCGUUGUUACCAAGGCGAGAUAUGAAAUGUUUCAUGUUACACAUAGAUAUGAAAUUGUACUUUAAUGGCAGCUGAAAGUAACUUUAUAGGCUAGUAACAAAAAUAUUAAUUAAGUACUAGCAAAUGCCCCGCGGUUUCACGGCGAUAAAAUAAAGCUAAAGUUACUCGGUAAAGAUAUAGCUUUCUAAUAGUGAAAGAAUUUUUUAAAUCAACCGAGUAGUUUUUUUUAGUUAAAUUGACAAACAAACAAUAAAAUAUUUCCUUACUACAAUAUUAGUUAAGAUGAUUUUAGGAAGAUCUGCUCAAAGAAGCAUUAAUAAUAAUUAAAUGCACAAGAUUAAGUAUAUAGUAGAUAAGUUAAAAGAAUUCCUAAUUUUUAAGUGUAAAAUUAUUAAAUGAUUUUAUAUUAUUUUCGUAAUGGACGAAUCUCGUUUUUAUUUUCAAUAAAUAAUUAUAAUUAU